UCUAGACGUUGAUAUUUUGUGCGCUUAAACGUAUUGAUUUCCUCUUCAGCGUUCCAAUGGGGGAAAAGUGAAACAUUACGUACAAACAUGGAAUGCUUUUAAUUACACAUUCAGUCGUUGUGUAGGGAGAAAAUCGAUUCAUUCCUCCCGCUAGUACGCAUGCCCACGCUUUUAGCAUUUGUCAAAUAAAAAAAGAAUUAUAUUUCCCAUCAGUUGAAGUGAUUCAACAUCGAAAAUUUAUUACCUCAAGAGAAUAUCAUAUUUUUUCCCUAUAUUUGUUGAAUAGAUUACAAAAAUUUUACAUUAAAUUUGUAAUAUUUUAGAAUUUGUCCAAGCAAUUUUGAAUAAAACUGUGAAAGGCUUAUCAAAUAUUUCGUUCUUUCCAUUUGAUUAUUGAAAAUUCGAGCAAUUUACCUUAAAAGUUGAAUUGACGUUACAAACCCACACCAAAAUGGAAAAAUACAACGAGUACCGCGGAAAAUUCCAUGAUAAAUUUAUGUCACUAAAAAUUCCAACCGUAAAUACGUGUUGCUGUUUUCUUGAUUUGCGAACGGCAGGACUUGUGAUUGGUAUUUUCGUCUUCAUCUCAAACAUCUUUUUCCUUUUUAAGGGUGAAAAUCUUUUUUGGAGCGUUAUCUCACUAUUUACAACCAUCUGCUGGUUAUACGGAAUUCAUAAGGACAAGCCCUAUUUUAUGUUUGCUCGUUUGAUAUCGGAUUUGAUUGGAUUGAUUCAGGUAUUCAUCAUUGCAAUUAUUCUCGAUUUAAUCAUGAACGCAGAGGUAGAACAAGAUGACGCUAAAAAACUCGUGGAAGCAAAUAUCGUCUAUACUAUUGUUCUGGUUAUUUUAGUGGGUCCAAUGGUAUACUUUUGGAUUGUUUGUUACUCUUUGUAUAAAUCCAUGUUGGAGCGUCUCACCGAUUCGGCUGGUUCGACUGGAGCAGCAGCAGCACCUAGCGAAGGAUAUGCUGGUGUUUAAGCAUCAAAACUACAUUUUUCAUGGUGUUUUACUUACAAAUCGUGUUUUUAAGCAUUUAUAGAAAUGUUGUAAUUCAUGUUUUUUUCUUCGGUCGAUGUCUAUACAACGAGUGUUUACUUUUUAAAGUUUAUUGAUGUAGAAAAAGUCAUCUUUGUUUGCAACCACCAUAUAAGUAACAUUUUCAUCUGCUCAUAUCUCAAAUCAACAUAUGUAUUUGCACAUAAAACAUUUCUUUAUUCCAAAUUUGUGCGACAUUUUGUGCAAAUGAAGGCUAUACCACCUAUACUACCUAUACCAACUAUACCACAUAUACCUAGAAAAUACUCUAUUCUCAUUGAACAAAGUAUUUUUGACGAAAUUUUUGACUAAAGAAAUGGCAUUAUGUUGUCCAAUAAGUAAUAUUGUUUAGCUUGUUUGUUAAGUAUUUUUUUAGUUUGUUAGUUAAGACUGUCAAUCAGUUUGAUAGUUGUAUGAUCUAUUGUUCAAUUUCGGAAUUGAAAAACUGAGCUACGAAUAAACGUUGAAACUAAAAUCCAAACUUGACGUUAAUUUUACCAAUAAAUUCAAAACUGAACGUGGAACUAAAGCUGAAGAUACAUUUGCAUCUAUAUUUGGAAUUAAAGCAAUGCAUUGAACUCUGAUGAGAAUGAGGUUGCAUGUAAUCCUUGUAAAUCAAACAAAAGCUAAUGCUCUUAUGUAUAAUGUGUGUAUUUAUUGCGUGAUUUACGAUUGCACAAUGCACAUUGAGCUUUUGUCAUUUUACUUGGAUUUUUUGUAAUUCUCACGGAAUUAAUAAUUUAAAUCAGUUGCAUGCGAUUCAAGCCAUUUUAGUUCAUAAGCUUGAACAGUUUCGACCGGUUAGCGAUUCAAGUAAAAGCUCAUCGAAUCAAUAUCAACAUAGGAAUCAAUAUCAACUGCCAGAACAGUAAUUCCAUAAAUCAGCAAAUCAUUUCAUUGACUGAAUCAUUUGGAAUAGUUAGAAAAUUACUUAAACAAUGUAUUAAAUAUAUAUCAUAUUCAUUAUUCAACAUAAUUUCUAGCAUAGUUUGCAGGAUCCUUUCAAAGACUUUAACAAUUUUGUCAACACAAACCUAAUAACUCAACAAACGAAAUCGUUUGGAUACAAGUAUAUUAUACGAAACAUAACCCUACACAUUUUACAUCGUUUGACCAAUUUUAGACAAAUGGUUUAGAGUGACGAACAAAAGUACAAUUAAUAUUUACAUUUGAGUGUUUUCAAUCUUUGAUCAAUUUAAUUGAAAUGUUUGAGAAUAUUUGCAUGGUUGUUUUAUAUAGAGUAUCCGAAAAUCGCAGUAGCUUGCUCUCUGUGUAUACUACAUUACUACAGCCCGUUUGUAUUUUUGCUCUCCGUUUUCUUUGUACAAUGGGAUGGUUAGCACAAAAUCUUAAUGACCACAAGGCUCAUCGAAAAUGAUUCUUGAGCAUCCUACUCGGUAUGAAACAACCUUGUGCAUAUGUUUUAAACAGUUCAAAAUAGAAAAAAAUGAUCGUUUUGUUCACUGAAUGUGAUCUCUGGACAAUAAAUUAUAUUAAAAAACAAUAAACAUGGUUAUGCAUAUCUUUGAA